GUGCACAGGGUACAAUACUUCACACACCGCCUCCUUUUAUUUUUGCUUAAAAAUGGUGGACCGUUUGGUUAACAGUGAGGCUAAUGAGAAGCGAAUCGGCCAUGUCCAGGCUUGCUUUGGAAGCUCAGGCCAGAGCCUCAUCGCUCCUGGCCGGGUGCUGGUGGGCGAGGGCGUCCUAACAAAACUCUGUCGGAAGAAACCUAAACCGAGACAGUUCUUUCUCUUCAAUGAUCUGUUAGUUUACGGCAGCAUUGUUAUGAAUAAGAAGAAAUAUAGCACGCAGCACAUUCUGCCGUUAGAAGAUGUCAGGUUAAAGUCAGUUGAAGACGAUGGUAACCUCAGGAAUGGAUGGCAAAUCAUCAGUGCCAGUAAAUCCUUCACUGUUUAUGCUGCGACUGCCACAGAGAAAUCAGAGUGGAUGGCACAUAUCAACAAGUGUAUAUCAGACCUCCUUGCCAAAAGUGGAAAGAAACCGGCAACAGAAUUAAGCCCCGUCUGGGUCCCUGACUCUGAAGCACCGUUGUGCAUGCUCUGUAAAAAAACAAAGUUCACAGCGCUCAACCGAAGGCAUCACUGCAGGAAGUGUGGUAAGGUUGUCUGCGGACCGUGCUCAGCUAAGAAGUUCCUUCUGCCUCAGCAAUCCCUGAAACCACAGAGGGUGUGUAAUGACUGCUAUGAGCAGCUCUCGUCAGGGCAGAUGAGUGCCCAGGGAAAGAACCCAGCAGAUGGCAAGCGCCACCUUGCUAACAGUAUAAACUACAAUCGAGACGAUUCCUCAGAAGAUGAGAGUAGUGAUGGGGAAGAUGGGGAGGAAGGACCUAGCAAUAUAGACCCUGUUGAAGACGAGCACCCGACAUUCUACGAAGGCAAUUACAAGUAGCUUUGCAGAGCGCCCUCUGUUGACCAAGAACCUCCUCAUCCAAGUGGGCAUUUCAUGGUUUGCUGAUUUUAUACAUUUUAUCACCAUAUGGGUUUGAAUGUACAUGCUGCAAUGAAAUUAUUUCAGAGAUUGCUAUGAGUAAAGGCAAAGUCACACUGCAGCGAUAACGAAAUCGAUAACGAUCACAACGCAAAGAGAACACAUUCUGUUGGUUAAAAUGCUCCAUGCAGAAUACGCCCACUCUCAUUCAACCAAUCGAGGGCGUACAUUGUUAACAUCCUCGUUGUCGUUCUCAUUAUCAAGGCCUAUGUGAUAAACAGUAUGUAUUUCAACAUUGAUUUCUGGCAGUCUCUGUCAAACCUUCAAUUUUGACUUUGUUCCCCCGACAACAUUUCAUUUUACAGAGUUAUAUUUUUUUUCCAUCAGACUCUAGACAAAAAUCUUCUAUUGAUUAUUCCGUGAUCGUGAUGAUGUCACAGUUUUAUCGAUCGCAUGCACAAGUAGUUACACUCGGCCACGACAGACUACUGUUUUACAAUGUUUUCUGUGUUAUAUAGAGUCCACAUUUCAGAUACAAAAAAAGAAAUUUGAAUUAAAAAAUCUUGAAAGUCUCAAGAAGCAUUUGCCAAAGUAUUCCUUUUUGGCACCCACUCAAUUUUGCUUCGUUGCUUCCCUUCCAGGGAUUUUUGACGAGACGUUUCAAUAUGGCGCCCUCGCUGCCAAUAGCCAGGUUGAACUUGGCAUUUCUGUAAAGGUUGGCCACACCCCGAUAUCCAAGUCUAAUUUUGGACCACAAAGGGUUCGUGUGAAAAAAAAUCCAAGAUGGUCGCAGAGAUUAUCAAAUUUAUACAACUGACAAAGUUGUACAACUGAAGAGAAAAAAAGUUUGUGCAUUUGAUGAAAUAUUAUAGAAGGUGUGUUCUGAGAAAAAUUUCCUAAUACACGUGGGUACUUAAUUUCUUCUUAAAAAGUAGCAAUUUUUGUACAAUUUGUUUGAUCAACACUGAAUAAGAAUUUUAAAAGUUGCAAAUUUUACAUUUAUACAGUUCGCUCGUCGAUGAAAAUCUCAAUUGAAAACAAAUUUUUUUGGGAUUUAUCAUAUCGGCAAUGAUCAAAAGGUCAUUAAAUGAUAAAAUGCAUGUCAUAUUUGAAGAAAAUAAUCAAAAAUCUUGGUUUCCAUUCAAUAAACUGCCCUUUAGAAAUAAAAUGUAUUGGCUUUGCCCUCUCAGAGAUGAAAUUCCGGUUCCGUGACCAAUGUCAUGUCAGGAAAGUCAGCUUCGAGAAUUAGAAUUGCCUACAGUUUUUCAAAUUUUAUAAUUUUAUCAUUUAACUCCAGGCCAGUGUGUAGCCUUGAUUGAAGGGUUCAAUGCAGAAAUUGGAGCCUACAUCAUGUGUACAUUAAGAUCGGCUGUUCUCAUGGGCCGUUUGCACUGGCUGUUUAUCUGUAAUAAUAAUAGUUAGGUUUUAUACAGUGCUUUUCACGCCCGCGGGGCGUCCCAGAGCGCUUGACAUUAUUACCCGCAGUCACUGGGCCUUAAAUCAUUCCUUAAACCAUCUCAGCUCCCUGGGGAGUAUACAGCCUUGUGCAACGAA